CCUGCGCACUUUAGUAUCACUGACACACCCCAUCACCAAAUGUUCUUCAUCCACACCCCUCUCUCUCACCCCCACUUCACCAAACCCUAAUUCUUGGGCUCAAUACUCCUCAAAUUUUGUUCGUAUUCUCUCAUUCAUCCUUAAUUCAGUCUCAAUCUCUCAAAAAAUCAGCACAGUUUGAGUUCUAUAUUGUCGAUUGUUUUCGAACUCGUUUGAUUCAAGGUAAAAAUUAGGGCUUUUCUGUGUCCUCAAUCUCUCUCUAUAUAUAUAAAUGGAUGACACUGAAGAUGAUGCUAGGUAUCCACCGAAACACUACGUAAAUCAUUCCUCAACCUAUAACGCUUCUUCGAUUCGCUCAAAGCAUUCCAAUCGAAACCCCUCUUAUCCAAUCACCAGUAAUUAUCGCGAUGAAUAUGAAGAUGACGAGUUAGCUGAAGAAGAAGAAGAAGAGAAUCUCGAAUUGGACGGUCAAGAUGAUGAUGAUGAUGAUGAUGAUGAUGAUGAUGAGGAUAUUGAAAAUGGGUUCGGCGAUGAGUCGGAGAGGCGGCAGAAGAAGAGAAGGUUGGAGAGUUUGGUUUCGAAUUACGAGUUUGUUGCUCGAAAACCAUCCUAUGUUGUUAGGAAUUCAUCGGUGGAUUGGACAGAACACGCCACCUCUGUGUUGCUAGAGGCUUGGGGAGGUAGGUAUUUGCAAUUGGGGAGGAAGAGUUUGAGUUCUGAGGAUUGGCAAGAGGUGGCUGAGAAGGUUUCCGAGGAAUCGAAGGUGGAAUGGACCGACACGCAGUGUCGAAACCGGUUGGAUACCUUGAAGAAGAAGUAUAAGAAAGAGAAAUCGAAAAUGGAGUCAAUGGGUGGAUAUACUAGCAAAUGGGUUUUCUUUAAGAAAAUGGAUAUGUUGUUGAAUUCAUCAUCAUCAUCAUCAACGCAACAAUGUGGGUUGCCUUGUGGGGUUGAUUCUGGGGAGUAUGUGUUUAUGAAUCCAAGAGUUUAUUUGAAUCGGUCGAAUGGGUUGGAUGAGAUGAGGGAUAGUCCUGAUGAGUCAGAGUCAUUGUCUGACGACGAUGAGGAUUCGGAUGAGCUUCCUCCUAAAAGGAAAGGGUUUAGAGGAGAGGGCAAUGAUGGGUCAUCGUUUAGGUUGUUGGCCGAUUCAAUUCAGAAGUUUGGGGAGAUUUAUGAGAAGAUUGAGGAUAGUAAGAGGCAGCAAAUGAUGGAGUUGGAGAAGAUGAGGAUGGAUUUUCAAAGAGAAUUGGAGGUGCAGAAGAAGCAGAUUCUUGAGAGGGCGCAAACCGAGAUUGCUAAAAUACGAGAAGGAGACGAUGAAGAAACUGAUGUUUCUGCAGAGAAUCUGAGUGUUUAAUUUAGAUUAUCAGCAGGUUAGAAGUUUAAGCCGGAAGAUGACGAUGGAACCUGCUGUAAUUCUUGAGGAAGAGACAUUUGCUCUCAUCUUAGUGGAAGCAGGAGUAGACAGGGUACAAAUUCUUGUGAAAUCUCCGGGUUUUUUUAUGUAAUGUGCUACGCAUGGAUAUAUAUAUAUAUAUAUAUAUUAACUAUGCAUCAUUAUUAUUGUUAUAUUUUUUUACUGAAAGUCAAUGAUUUGUAACUUGUUGGCUUAUGAAUUCAUAAUCCGAGUUUUUCUUCGUCUCGGCCUCAUAUUAAUGAAUUCUCUGACCCUCAAA